GAUGUGGAAGAUGUUUGUGCACAGGACCUCCUUGUCAGUGUCGGUUAUCAAGCUUGCCUUGGUCGUCAUAUGCCUAUCAAGAAAUUCUCUUUCGCAAGCGGAUGGUCUUACAAGAGCAUACAAUUUCACAAACAAAGGUAUUCGAUUGGUAGGCGGAAACAGCGAACUAGAAGGACGUGUUGAAAUAAGGAUCAAUGGAGUGUGGGGGACGAUUUGCGAUGACUCGUUUGAUUUUCAAGAUGCAGAUGUUUUGUGUAGGAUGUUGCACACUAAUCUAAGAGGAUUAGAUUACUACAAGGAUAGACGCUACGGAAUAGGUACAGGUCCUGUGUUCUACAGAAAUCUGCAAUGCAGAGGAACAGAAGACAAUGUUCAUAACUGCUCUAGCGAAACUGGCGAAACAUGUUCACACAGUCAAGAUGUAGGGCUGAUGUGCUCAGGUGAUUAA